AUGUCCACACCGCCUCAAACCGCCAGAGACGACAGCUCGUAUUUGUCCCCGACUAGUCCCGAUCGCAGAGCGCAAUAUGAUGGAUCGACUCUCAAUUCUAGAUCAGGCUCUGUCGUAUCGGGAGAUACUGCGACGCGAUUCCGGUCGAAUUCAGGCAUAUCAGCGACAUCCAAUGCCACCCUUUACUCAAAAUCUAGCCUCGAGUUUGAGCCUCCGGAAGAAGCCUUGCGAGCGGGUAAGGGAGAUGAGAAGGAUUUCGAUGUCUCAGACAAUCCGUUUGCCUUUUCACCCGGUCAACUGAAUAAACUCCUCAACCCGAAAUCCUUAUCCGCCUACAAAGCACUGGGAGGUCUGAGAGGUCUUGAAAGGGGUCUGCGGACCAGCAUCACAGCUGGGUUGUCGGUGGACGAAACUCGCCUCGAGGGACAAGUAUCGUACGAAGAAGCGAUCGCUGCUGGAUCCGACAAAGAAGGGUAUUCAGAUGUCCACUUAAGCAGGUCACGCUCAGGUGGAAGUGUGAGCCUGUGCGAAGUCAAGGGCCAAUUUGAAGAUCGGCUGCGCGUCUUCCGAGACAAUCGACUCCCCGAGCGGAAGCCGGAUAGUAUCUUUGUGCUCAUUUGGCGAGCAUACAACGAUAAGAUCCUUAUUCUACUGACCAUCGCCGCUGUUAUCUCUUUGGCCCUGGGAAUUUACGAGACUGUUGAUGGAGGAUCUGGGGUCGACUGGGUCGAAGGUGUUGCAAUUUGUGUUGCAAUUAUUAUUGUAGUAACUGUUGGUGCUGCCAAUGACUGGCAGAAGGAACGGCAAUUCGUCAAGCUGAACAAACGGAAAGACGAUCGAGAAGUCAAGAUUAUUCGAUCAGGCAAAUCCAUUCAAAUAUCGGUGCACGACAUCACAGUUGGAGAUGUCCUUCACCUCGAGCCUGGCGACGCCGUUCCAGCAGAUGGCAUCUUCAUAGCCGGACAUGGCGUCAAAUGUGAUGAAUCAUCUGCAACUGGGGAGUCGGAUCAGAUGAAGAAAACCCCAGGUGAGGAAGUAUGGCAACGCAUUCAGGAUGGAACCGCAACCAACAAACUUGAUCCUUUCAUAAUCAGUGGAUCCAAGGUUCUCGAGGGCGUUGGUACCUAUCUCGUCACCAGCGUCGGCGUAAACAGCUCAUACGGCAAAAUCUUAAUGAGCCUCCAGACCGACAAUGAGCCGACUCCUUUGCAGGUGAAACUGGGCAAAUUGGCAAAUUGGAUAGGAGGACUCGGGUCUGCCGCCGCAGGACUUCUUUUCAUCAUCCUCUUGAUCAAGUUUCUUGCUCACCUCACCGGGGAUACUCGACCUGGGGCCGAAAAGGCUCAGGAAUUCUUGGACAUCCUGAUUGUCGCAAUUACCGUUAUCGUUGUUGCCGUUCCGGAAGGACUUCCCUUGGCAGUUACGUUGGCUUUAGCAUUCGCCACUACUAGGAUGCUAAAGGAGAACAAUCUCGUGCGAGUUCUGCGCGCUUGUGAGACCAUGGGCAACGCCACAACCAUCUGUUCCGACAAGACCGGUACUCUGACUCAAAACAAGAUGACUGUGGUUGCAGGUACAAUCGGAACCAAGGAAAAGUUCGCCUCAUCACAAUCAGCGGAGAGGCCUGAUGCAGCCUCAUUCACGACGAUUUUCAGCAGCCUGAGUGACGAGGUCAAGGAGCUUCUCAGGCUCUCUAUCACCCUCAAUAGUACCGCCUUCGAAGGUGAAGAGAAAGGCGUGCCCACCUUCAUUGGCUCCAAGACCGAAGUUGCUUUGCUUACGCUUGCAAAGGAGAAUCUUGGCCUUGACAACCUGGCUGCCGAACGAUCGAGCUACAAGGUCAAGCAACUCAUCCCUUUCGACUCGGCUCGCAAAUGUAUGGGCAUAGUCAUCAAGUACAACGGCGUCUACCGGCUUCUCGUCAAGGGGGCUGCAGAGAUCAUGCUUGCCAAAUCCACUAAAACCGUCUCGAAUUUACACGAGAAACAGUGCGCAGUCAUGGAUUUCACUACCGAGGAAAGGGAAACGGUGUCCACGAUCAUCGAAGAGUACGCAGGACACUCACUCCGUACAAUUGGUAUGCUUUACAAGGACUUCUCGCAAUGGCCACCUGCUGGUGCGAAGACGGUUGAAGAAGAUCCAAAGAUGGCAGACUUUGACGAUAUUUUUCAUGAAAUGACUUGGGUCGGCGUCGUCGGCAUCCAUGACCCUCUUAGAGAGGGCGUGGUCGAAGCCGUGGCGCAGUGUCAACAGUCGGGCGUCGUCGUCCGCAUGGUCACUGGCGACAAUGUCACUACUGCACGUGCAAUUGCUAGUGAUUGCGGCAUCCUCCGCGAGGACGAAGAUGGAAUUGUCAUGGAAGGCCCCAAGUUCCGUCAGCUCUCCAAUGAGGAUAUGGACAGGAUCCUGCCAAAUCUUCGUGUUUUGGCUCGUUCUUCACCUGAAGACAAGCGCAUCCUUGUCGGUCGUCUCAAGCAUCUGGGCGAGACAGUCGCGGUUACUGGUGAUGGUACCAACGACGGUCCUGCCCUGAAGAUGGCGGACGUAGGGUUCAGUAUGGGCAUCGCAGGCACGGAAGUCGCAAAAGAGGCCUCAUCCAUCAUUCUGCUCGAUGACAACUUCUCCUCAACCAUCACCGCCUUGAUGUGGGGUCGAGCCGUCAACGACGCGGUGAAGAAGUUCUUACAGUUCCAAAUCACCGUCAACAUCACAGCCGUGAUACUUACGUUUGUGUCUGCCGUCUCCAACGAUUCGAACCACUCCGUUCUCACUGCCGUUCAGCUCCUCUGGGUCAACCUCAUCAUGGACACGCUUGCUGCUCUGGCGCUCGCGACCGACCCGCCGACAAAGAAGAUACUGGAUCGCCCACCACAGCCGAAAUCUGAGGCUCUCAUUACUAUCAACAUGUGGAAAAUGAUUGUUGGACAAGCCAUCUAUCAGCUGAUCGUCACCUUCGUCCUUUACUUUGCUGGCAUGUCAAUCUUGAGCUACGAACCAAACCAGCGAAAGGAACUUGAUACCAUCGUCUUCAACACGUUUGUCUGGAUGCAAAUUUUCAAUGAGUUGAACAACCGUCGCUUGGACAAUAAGUUCAACAUCUUUGAGAAUGUCCAUCGCAAUUACUGGUUUAUCGGCAUCAACUGCAUCAUGAUCGGAGGACAGAUCAUGAUUAUCUUCAUUGGCGGUGCUGCCUUUAGCAUUACUGCCCUCGAUGGUGCUCAGUGGGCAAUUUCUCUGCUGGCUGCUCUGCCUUGCUUGCUCUGGGGCGUUCUGGUCCGAUGCUUCCCCGAUGUUUGGUUUGCAGUCGUCUUCAACGGGACAGUUGAUGGCAUAGCUUUCGUCCUCCGUCCCAUCUGGAAGAUUCUUCACAUCAUCUUUCAUCCUCUGGCCCAGGUCUUUCGUGCCAUUGCACGAUUCACCAGGCGUGGUGUACGGAAAGUGUCUCACCGGGAUACUUCUGAGCAGGAAGAUAGGCAAACGUCGGUCGACGAAGAGCGUCCGUCCAUCGUGGCCACAGAGAAGCGGCCAGCGGCUAUCCACGCCAUGAGCGAUUCUACAUUGACACCAACAUCAGUGACAGUCGUCGGUGACGUCAACAUGGUUUCAAAGUCCGCCACGAACAGUGACGCACUGGAAAUGAGAGAUAUUCCUGUGCCUUCUGUGUCGAUAACAGGACCCAGCUGA